GAGUCGGGCAGUGGUGAGGAUGACCGUCGCUCUCAGCCGAGGAGGUCCCUGCACGGCGGUACCUCUGGAGAACACGAAGGCUAUAAAAUAAGUCAAGACACAGCCAGCGCUUGAUGUCUUCACUAUAUCCUCAUGUCUCCCACAGACUUUAAGCCAGACUCCACUGAUACACAUUGAUAACCUGCUGCAGCAGUUAUGUCCCAAUAACUCGAGGCUGUUUCUCAUUUGCUCUUGCUCCUUAUGUAACUGAACCACAAGGUUUGUGUGUUGGGAGAAAAGGGUGGGGAUGAAACAAGCGAGGUCUCCAAACCAAAAGCUCAUGUGUGUUUAAUUGAGUGUUUUACUUGAGCUUAGUGGGCAAAUCCCCCGUUGACCUUGUUGACGUUCUAUCACUGUCGGACAGAAGUUUUUUUUGUUUUUUUUUUACAAUAUUAUCAGUUAUUAAAACAUAACACUCCAACCAUAACAUGUGUAAUCCGUCAUGAAUGUGUAACCAGGUGCCAGUCAGUACAAAGGUUUCUCCCAACCACAGGAGACGUCUUCUUAUCAGGUUUGAGGGCCUAAACACGCCCUGUUGGUGGAAAUCACCUGGUGGAGUAAAUAGCCAUCUGCGACCCGGUCUGGGCCGGACUGGGGCGCUGGUGGUGCUGGUGCCGUGGGAGGCGGACUUCCUGCACGUCCCCAUUGGCUCCUCGCGCUUCCCAGAAACACGUGUCUCCAGCUCCUCCCUCCUUUAACCGCUCCGGCGAGUUUGACCCAAGUCAUACGUCUCGUCUCCUCGCGGGGUGAGGGUGCCUCCAUUAUGGACUGAGGAAGUUGACAUAGCGGUACGGUACCGGUUCUUUCGCUCGUAUGGGACACCCAGGGGAGCCAGGCGCUGCUGAACGGGGCAGGAACACGGCGUGCUAGGCUGAGUUCCCCGCGACACUGAUUGCAGCAGAAUCACAUUUGGAAACGCCUGUCUUCGCGGAACAUUUCCUCACUUUUGACUCUACUAUGAGCUUCAAAGCCCGGGGACGGCCGCUGCUUUCCGCGAUGCUGGAGCACGUGCGUGGCGCACAGGAGUAAAAGUUCCCACUCUCAUCCGACGCCCCCCCUCCCGUCCACCGGCAUGACCCUCGGCGCCGUGUCCGCCUCCGACAGCUCCACAGCGGUCAGCUUCUGCUCCUGCUGCGGGGCCAAGAUGGUGCCCUACUUCAGCGGCGACGCGAUGGUGUCCAAAAAUCAGAUCAACCAGCUUAUAAGUGAGAGCUUUCUCACUGUGAAAGGUGCAGCCCUGUUCCUUCCUAGGGGUAAUAGCCCCACACCCAACUCCGCACCUUGCAUCAGCCAACGCAGGAACAAGCACACAGGUGACCUCCAGAAGCAUCUUCAGACCAUGUUCACUGUGCUGCGGCCGGAGGACACCAUCCGACUGGCCGUGCGUCUGGAGAGCGCCUACCCUCAGGUAACCCGUUACAUGGUGGUGGUCUCCACCAAUGGGCGACAAGACACAGAGGAAAGCAUCGUCCUCGGCAUGGACUUCUCUGAUAGCAGCUGCUGUACCGUGGGCCUGGUUCUACCUCUUUGGAGUGACACUUUGAUCCACUUGGAUGGAGACGGCGGUUUUAGUGUGUCGACGGUGAACAGGGUUCAUGUGUUCAAGCCGGUUUCUGUCCAGGCCAUGUGGUCAGCCCUCCAGUCGCUCCACAAAGCAUGCGAGGUGGCUCGUUGCCAUAACUACUACCCAGGCAGCUUGUUCCUGACGUGGGUCAGCUACUACCAGAGCAGGAUCUCAUCCAACCAAUUCUGUAUCAAUGAGUGGAACACCAUGCAGGACAUCGAGUCGCAUCGUGCCAACUCACCCAUUCUCUUCACAGACCUCCCCACAGAGCGGGAGCGCACAGAGAGGCUGAUCAAAAUGCGCCUCAGAGAGAUUAUGAUGCAGAAGGACCUGGAGAACGUCACCUGCAAAGAGAUCCGAACAGAGCUGGAGAUGCAGAUGGUGUGCAACCUGAGAGAGUUUAAGGAAUUCAUAGACAACGAGAUGAUAAUCAUCCUGGGACAGAUGGACAGGCCCACUGAAAUCUUUGAUCAUGUUUUUCUGGGCUCUGAGUGGAAUGCAUCCAACCUGGAUGAGCUUCAGAACAGCGGAGUGCGUUACAUCCUGAAUGUGACCAGGGAGAUAGACAACUUCUUCCCAGGGAUGUUUGAGUACCACAACAUUAGAGUGUAUGAUGAAGAAGCCACCAACCUGCUGGAGUACUGGAAUGACACCUACAAAUUUAUCACCAAAGCCAAGAAAGCUGGGGCUAAGUGUCUGGUCCACUGUAAGAUGGGUGUGAGCCGGUCCGCCUCCACAGUCAUCGCCUAUGCCAUGAAGGAGUACGGCUGGGACCUGGACACUGCCUUCGAGUACGUCAAAGAGAAACGAGCUGUCACCAAACCAAACCCUUCCUUUAUGAAACAGCUGGAGGAGUAUCAGGGAAUUCUGCUGGCCAGUAAACAAAGGCACAAUAAGCUGUGGCGCUCCCACUCGGACAGCGAUCUGUCUGACCGCCCAGAGUCUGUGUGUAAACCUUCGUCCCACUCCUUUGGCCGCUCUGACUCUCACAACAAUAACACCUCCCCCUCCUUACAUCACUUCCUGGGCGUGGCCGUGCUGCAAGCACUCGGCGCUGAACCGGAAGACUCGGCCAAAUCAAACACCACACACACCUCUGACUCACACUCACUCUGCAACGGUGUGUGUGAGUCACCGGUUCAGGAGGAGGUCAGAUCAGAUGGUGGAAACCCCUUCCUGCAUCCCCUUCCCAGGGCUCGGGCAGCCACUGUAAUUCCAGAGGAAAGACUGGACAAUUCAGCAAGCGUGGCCAUAACUGUUCCUGUCGCUGUGCCCCACCCGCCACCGCUGCUUCACCUUCUACCUCCUACCCCCAAACUGCAGCGUGCUCGCCAGGCUCCUCCCACAGACUUGUUGAUUUCCCUGCCCAUACACUAUGUGGCCGAGCAAAACAGCUCAGAGGACAUUUCUCCCCUCACUCUGGAAUCCACCACUUCUGAUAUAGUAGAUCAGUCAUUAUCAGAUUUAACAAAUGACAAAAGCAGCCCUUCCAGCCCUUCUACUGCCACCACUUUUCCUCUGAGUAUUCCCCUCGCUCCAAGUGAUGACAACAACAACCCCAGUGAGUUUCAUAUGGACAGCCGGGGCGAGGCCGAUGGGUCGUCCAACCACAGCGCAGACAGCAUCGACUUCUUCAGUGCCAGGGAAAAGUUUCUGGGCUUGACACAAGACGGUAGGAGCCUUUUGGAGCAGACGCAGCAGAGGUCACCGCUGUCGAACGAGGAAAAUGAGGAAGCGAAAUCAGAUGAGGAGGAAGAUCAAGGAAAGGAGAGUCAGGUGUCUCUGCAGUUGGAAGACAGCUCUGACCAAACUCACUAUAUGCACCAUGACAAUGGAGUCUCCGUCCGCCAUAUUGUAACAGAGAUCGAAGCCAUAUCCCACCCUGCCUCCUGCCUUCCUACUUCCUUGACUUCCUCCUCUUCGUCGCUACCCCCAUCUCCCCACAGUCCUCACUUCGUCCACCUGGAACAUCAAGAGGAGACAGAGGCGUCUGAAGUCACACACACUUCUCUGAUUUCACCCUCACAUGCACCGUCUCCCCCCACGCUGCCGUGCGACUGGCCAGCAGGCUCCGUGCGGCGGGUCACCAAGCAGCUGGAGCAGAAGCUGAGGCAGGAAAUGGAGAUAGCAGUUCCUCAGCGGUCCCCCCUGCAUUCUCCCAGCGCCGAACACCCUCCUGCCAGACUUCCCCUGUGCUCCGUGAGCACCGAACAGCCUCCACUUCACUCCUUUCUGCACUCCACAGAACAAAGAGUCACUCAGGGAGAGAUCGCGGCUGUUUCUGCUGAAUCCAAAGACGAAGAGAAGCAUACGGAGUCACGACGGGAGUAUCAAAGACUCAACUCCUCAGGCACAGACAAACUCCCAGACCCUUCAUGCUCCUCUGACUCAAAUAUCAGCCAAGUCUCUGAUGCUACACCUAACAUUACACACACACCCACAUGUAGCCAUACUCUGAAAUCCUCACUGACUUCUAACAGCCAGCUAUUGGAAUCACCUCUAGAUACCUCAGCCUGGUCAAGUCAAAGCAAGCAGUGUCAAACACCACCCCAAGCCAGGUCAAACCGAACGACUCUGGAUGGGGUGACGGUUCAGGAGUCAGAUACAGAUAGCGAGCUGGAGCCCAGUGUACAGAGCAGGACAUGGGGCUGCGGCUCCAACUGCGAGGCUCAGAUCAGACUGGCUCGCGGCAGCCAGGAACUGGAGAGAAUUCAGCAGACGCUGAGAGAGCUGCAGGCUUUCCUCCAUGAGGGAGCCAGCUUGGAGGUGACAGACAGCGAAAUACAAGGACCGGAGCAGCCUCGCGGGCUGAGAGACGUGAUGGACACGCAGCCAGGACCUUGUAAAGGGGUGAGUUCUGAACAGACCUCUCCACGCCUGGAAGUAGGGCAGCAGCUCGAAAAGAGACAAGACCAAAAAAGUUUUCAGGAGCCGGCGGGGUGGCACAGAGCCAUGGAGCUGGAGGCACGGAUCCGCCAGGCGGGUCUCACCCCCCCUUCUCUCAUGAAGAGGUCGGCCUCCUUAGCUAAACUGGACUGUCUGGAGCUGUCGGCCAACGACCUCAAUGACUUAGACCUCAGGCCACACACUAGGACGAUAUCAACACACUCCCAGGACUCGUUUAGCUUCUCCCCAGCUUACCCAGACGAAACCUGGAAGAAGCAGAAGGUGUUGGCUAAAAAUAAGCCCGUUUUGUCCCGCGGUGACUCAUCCUCGCCACCGUCCCUCUGCCUCCCUUCCUCCUCCCUCCCUCACCAUCACCCAGCGAAGGAUGCAGGCGAGAGGGAGGAGCCAGACGGCAGCGGGAGCGGCGCGGCCACGCCAACGCGCCAGCAGGGGAGGGGGCAGUCAUCGAGGCGCUCACGCAAGUCUGCUGAGAAAAAGCAGCGAGGAGUCACUGUGCUAUACAACACCAUGUAACCUCAGCGCAAUGGAACGGACACGACUGGAGAUGUGCAUGAUGUGUAUGAAUGUGUAGCAGAUCAACUAUAGACCCCGUGUAACCUGAUGUAUGUACAGUGUGUAAGACCUGAAGGUCUGAAUGAACGUUUUUGUUUGCAUGUAAACCACUGGAUGUGUCGUUUCAACUGAACUUCAGGUAACGUGUAAUGAAAUAUGAAUGUCCAUAUUAAGACUGAACCAGUGCACUCUAUGCACCUCAUUACGUGUCUGUCCCCUUCUUUUCUAUUUUAAAGAAGCAUUUGUUUUGACUCUCGCUGCUUGUUCAAGUUUCUAAAACUACAAGACGAGCGGCUUCUCACAAACAUGCACUUUACCGUUUGGAUGUUUUUCUUUUGUUUUUCUAUUUUCGUAUCCUGGGAAGGAUUGUUUUGCACUGAUCUCGCUAGACUUGUCUGUGUGUGUGUUCGUGUGUGUGUGUGUGUGCAUUUGUUUUCAAAGAGUGCAGACUUGUCUUUAUUCAGAUUUUUAAUUGAACCAGGAAAAAGCUGAUGUUUUUUAUUCAGUGCUUUGGCAUUAAAUAAAUAUGGUGACUCUGUU